AUGCCUCAAGUUCUCAACCGAAGACAUCAUGACGACCCCUCUGGACCUCUUCUGAACAACACCUCGUCUUCACAGUCAGAACACGGAGUCAAGGAGAAGAAACGAUCAUUAACUUCGCGAAUAAGAAGAACUGUGAUAUGGACUGGUAUGACGUUUGGUGUCAUUUGGUGGUUUGAAGUUGUUCGCGGGGUCUAUGAAAUCUUAUCGUGGGAUUCACCGUUAGUUUCCCUCUUCUUAACAUCCGUAGUGUGUCUCCUCAUAUCAACUACGAUCUUGUUUUACGUCCAAUUCUACCUCCCUUUAAUAUCUCGCACAGCGCCCCCAAACUAUAAACGUUGGCACGAGAAUGUAACGCUAAGAAAAUAUAUUCCUGUGGCUACAUUGUUUGGAACAUUCGGUGUUAUUGGGUUAAUAAUAGCCUCAUGGCCCGUGUGGGGAUUUUGGAGUGUAGUGGUUGUGACGGUACUCCUACGAGGCGGAACGGAAGGAUUGGAUGUGAUCUGGGUUAUUUGGGAAUGGGGUGUAUUAAAUAAGGAUAAGGGCUCCAUGGCAAGUAACGAUCUAAGAACAAAAUUUGAAUUUAAACGAAGUGUUCAUCUGGAGCAGACAAAGUGA